GGAAAAAGAGUGGCAAAAAAAAGAAAAAAAAAAAACGACGCGGCCGCUUCCCCCGCGCGGGAACCAAAUUGAAAACGUUUUUUUCGAGCUUUUCACCCAUAUGUUUGAGCGUUUAUCAAAGUGUUGCCCAUUCAGCUAUGCAAACCGCAGAGGGGAGGCUCUACAAAUGGUCAGUCGUAAAAUUUACCCCCACCCCUCGCGCAUGUAUCACCGCUUAAUACGGCAAGCGCAAAAAUACACGUUGAGAGCAGUUAGGUGGCCCCUACAAAUGUAUGCGUACACGAGGAGAAACGCCAUCCCCAUUCUGAUUGGGUCACUGGCAGGAUUGACGAUAAGCUACCUAUUCGCCAACAGGAGGGAGGUGCGAAAAUGUUUGGCGUGCACUGUAGGGAGAGCCAUAGCCAAGUGGAAAAUGAGAAAGUGUGCCCGUCACCCCGAAGAUGGCAAAAAUCCCCGCAGCAGCGAUGAACAGGGUGGUAAACGUGGCGGACGAGAUGAACCGGGCGACGGGAGAGACAUCCCAGAGGAGUGCCCGGGCAUGGAGAACGAACAGGCGGGGAAGUCCAAAGUCUGCGAAGGGUGCCCCAACAGGAAAAUUUGCAACGACCCAGAAUUGAAGAAAGAAAAGGAGAAGGAAAAAAAUCAAAUUUUUAACCAAGUCCAGGAAAAUUUAAAAAAUGUAAAAUAUAAAAUUUUGGUUUUAUCCGGAAAAGGAGGAGUCGGAAAAUCGACGGUAGCAACGCAGCUAGCCUUUUCCCUAUCCUACCUAAACUACGAUGUAGGUCUUCUAGACAUUGACAUUUGCGGGCCGUCUGUCCCAGUGCUCACUCAAACGGUGAGCUCUGAUGUUAACUACAGCAUGAAUGGAUGGGUUCCCAUUUAUAAAAAUAAUUUAUCCAUCAUGUCUGUAGGAUAUUUACUGCCAAAUUUUGAUGACCCAGUUAUUUGGAGGGGUCCCAAAAAAAAUGGGUUAAUUAAGCAAUUUUUAUGUGAUGUAUACUGGAAGAGUUUAGAUUUUUUAAUUAUAGACACUCCCCCAGGGACUAGCGAUGAACAUUUAACCAUCUGCUCCUAUUUAAAAAAUAAUUUAAAUGGGUGCAUCAUAGUUACCACUCCACAUAUUUUAUCCAUUUGUGACGUUAAGAAAGAAAUCGAAUUUUGCAAAAAAACGAAUAUCCCCAUUUUGGGUGUAGUAGAAAAUAUGUACCAAUCUGUUUUUGUCUCCAAAUACACUGUAGAUAAAAUGUGUGCAGAGAUGAACGUAGACUAUGCCGGGAAGAUCACCUUUGAUCAGAAGCUCAUUGAUGCUUGUCAACAUGGGGUUGGUUGCUGUGAUUUGGAUGUCCGCAGCUCAUCCUCCAAGGAAAUUUUUCAACUGUGCAAGUUUUUCGUUCAGAAGAUUCUACAGAACUGUUUGCAAGUGCCCGACCCCUCAGGUGAGAGUGCUCAGCUGGCCCCUUCCGCGAACGUUGGCAGUUGCCACGAUGGGGAGGAGACUCUACAGCAGAAUGGAAAACCCGAUCAGGAGAACUCCGAACAAGUGCAGAUGCUCCGCCAGUUAUUAAACCAAAUUAGCCAGCUCGUUGAGGAGGACCCCCAAAAUGAGUAG